AUGACUGUCCCCCAAUUCGCCGGCAUGUCCGGCAAGAGGCUGUCCUGGUCCAUCUCAACCGUUGCGACUAUGGGCUUCCUUCUCUUCGGUUAUGACCAGGGUGUCAUGAGCGGUAUCAUUAACGCAGCCCCAUUCAACGAUGUCUUCACAGCUACGAGAGACAAUUCCACAAUGCAGGGCACUGUCACCGCUAUCUAUGAAAUUGUUGGUGCCAUGUUCAUCCUUGCGUGUGGCGACUGGCUAGGCCGUCGCAGGUCUGUCAUGUUGGGUGCAGCCAUUAUGAUCCUCGGCGUUAUCAUCCAGGUCACCUCGUUCCCCGGUCAUAUCCCACUAGCUCAGUUCAUUGUUGGACGUGUUGUCACUGGCGUUGGGAAUGGUAUCAACACUUCCACUAUUCCAACCUACCAGGCAGAAUGCUCUCGGACUACAAACUGCGGUCUACUGAUCUGUAUCGAGGGCGGUAUUAUUGCCUUUGGAACUUUGAUUGCAUACUGGAUUGAUUUCGGCGCCUCUUACGGGCCCGGGGAUCUGACAUGGCGCUUCCCUAUUGCAUUUCAGAUUGCUUUUGGCAUUGGUAUCAUUGUUGGGAUGUGGUAUAUGCCUGAAUCUCCCAGGUGGCUCUUAACACGAGAGAGAUACCAGGAGGGAGAGGAAGUGAUUGCAGCUCUGUGGAAUGAAGAGGUCAAUUCACACGAUGUUCAGUUGCAGAAAACAUUGAAUCCGAGCAUUGGUGAUUGUAACGCUGUGAUUUAUUACUUCCCUAUUCUCUUUGAGAAGUCCAUUGGACAAACCCACACAAUGUCCAUGCUUUUGGGUGGUGUGAACAUGAUUGUCUACGCUAUCUUUGCUACCUUGUCUUGGUUCCUGAUUGAGCGCGUCGGAAGACGUAAGCUUUUCCUCUGGGGAACAGUAGGACAAUCUGAGCCUGCCAAGGGUGCUGCAGUCGGUUUGUUCACGUACAUUGCCAGCUUUGGCGCCACCUGGCUUCCCCUGCCCUGGCUCUACCCAGCUGAGAUUUCCCCAAUCAAGACCCGUGCAAAAGCAAAUGCUCUUUCCACAUGCACCAACUGGCUAUUCAAUUUCUUGAUCGUCAUGGUUACCCCGGUUAUGAUUAGCAAUAUCAGCUGGGAUAUUAUCUUUGCCAAGGGAUAUACGGAAAAUAUUGGUUAUGUGCGCGCUGCCGCGGAGCUACCCUAUCUUUCUGAUGAGGAUGUGGAGCGUAUUGCUAUCCAGUACGGUUUUGGUGCUCCCGAUGCUCCCGAUGCUCCCGAUACUCAGGAGAAGUCUGGUGCGGAAAGUGAUGACUCUAUUCCUCCUACUGCUACGGCUAUUGUCGAGCAGGCUGGAAAGCACAUUGCAACGGUUGCUUAA